AUGGGACCACGAGAUGAAUUUGGCGCAAACGCGGUACCAAUGGAACCACCAUCACAAAGGCCCAGACAGGAGGAAAGAGAACCAUCGCCGCAAUUUGGACCAGCCGGUAACCAGCUAGAAAUUGUUGCACGAGUAGUCAGUGGCAUCUGCAGUCGACCAAACCUCUCUUGUGUAGAAGGGCAGGAUUACGUCACGGAGACUAUGCGCCAAUGCUGGUCGGAAUAUUCGGAGAAUCGUCCUGAUUUCAAAAGUGGCAUCCGGCAGAGGUUGAAACCGAUGUUUGCUGGAAUCUACAAAAGGAACACCAUGAACCAUAUGAUGGUGAUGAUGAAGAAGUACCAAAAUCAACUAGAAGAUCUGGUCGACGAGCGAACUGCGGAACUACGCGAAGAACAGAAACGAAGCCAGCAUCUGCUACAGAGAAUGUUGCCAAGGCACUAA